CGCUCGGACCCGACAUUGGAGCCCUGCCUUGGCGGCGCAGGCCAGGUCGCGGGCCGCAGGCCGCAGGCCAGGCGUCGGCGGUGGGCCGCUCGAAUCGAACGCUCACUGACAUACAAUUGCGAAUCGCGGUGGCGUGCGCUGCCCACGUCGGUUCACCCGAGGAACCGGUGUCCUCCGUCCUCCGCGUACCUGCGUUCCGCACGGUGCGGUCUUUUCGGCGCGGCGGACCGGGUCGUCCACUGCGCCAGCCAUAUAUUCCCAGCCGCUGGUUUGCAUGUCCUCUGCUCUGCACGCACACGCACAAACACACGCACAAGUACACGCACAAGUACACGCACAAGUACACGCACGCACCCCGCUCCGGACGCCGAAGAGAACACCUGACCACGGCCAAGCCAUCGCCGAGCCAAGCCAUUCCCCCACACGCAUCACGUGCGAUCGCAGCCCAGCGAGCGAGCAUAUAGGUGGCGCGCGAGCGACGUCUCGCCACCAUGUCACGACCACAGAGCCUACCACUACCACUAUUGAGCGCUAGCUCGAGUCCGAGUCCAAGCGUGACUCGGAGCCCGACCCCGAGCCCGAGUCCAAGUCCGAGGCGGAGUCUGCUCGACCCCGACCUCGACGCUCACCUCGACCUCGGCCUGCCCCCGGCAUACGACGAGCCGCCCGCCUCGCUACCAGCCUACACGCCGCGGGGCGCGUGCCCGCUCCCCCGCCGCGCACAGAACAUCCGCAGCGCGCUCCGCCUCCUCCGCCUCCCGCCGGGGCAGCACAAGCCGGCGGCGCUCGCGCGCCACCUCGCGCUCUUCGAGAAGCUCGUGUCGCGCCUCGAGGCCGAGGGCGUGCCCCUGUCCCCGCUCGAGCGGGGGUGGGCGCUCGUCACCUCGUGUCCGGGCCUGCCGCUGCUGGAUGUGUGGUAUGAUAUAUGUGCGGGAACGCCGGAGGUAGGGGAGGAGGCGUGGGCGGCGUUGUUGGCCGCGUAUGCGGGCGCCGAGGUGCGGCUGAGCAAGGCGCCGCAUGCGGAGCGCACGCGGAGUACGUGGCGCGCGUUGUUGGGGAGGUAGGGUGGGGGAUCAUAGGCUUGAUUGUAGCGUUGUACAUACUAGCAUCUGUAUGGGUUAUCGGACACU